AUGCCUAGUUUUGACCCCAUUCGUUUUAUUCAACUUGUUUCCGAACAAGAUGUGAAAUACUGGUGGGCGCCUGAGUCAGAAAAAGCAAAAGAUGCCGUAAAUGCAGUUGGAGACAAAGCAAAAGAAGUAGCAUCAGGAGUAUCGCAUGAAUCUAAUAAAGCGGCUGCAAAAGAUUCUGAUCGAUCAGCCGGUGAUCGAAUAUCUCAUGGUGUUGAUGCUGUCAAAGAUAAAGUAAAUGCUCAUGGUGUUGUUGAUACAGUCGUUGAAAAAGCAAAAGAUGCAUAUAAUUAUGUUGCUGAAACAGUUCAAGGAGCAGUAGCCAGUUUUAGUGGUGAUACCAACAAAGAAACGGCAAAAGAUUCAGAUAAACCGAUGGGUGAACGUAUAUCCGCUGGAGCAUCUGCUGUCGGGGACAAAGUUGAGCAAAAAACACAUGAGGCUAAAGCAAGUUAUCAUAAAGAAGGUAUUGUACAUUUAUUAAUGUUAAAAAUGAAGUACUUUUGGACAAAGGAAUAG